AUGGCUUUCUCUAAGCCAUGCGAUGGUUCAAAGCCGAAGCAGAUCCCGACGCCGGAGAGUGCCUUCAUGGAUUAUUUCAUGGACGAUGCAGGCUUUGUUCAGUUCACGCUCAACUUCACCGGAAACCAGGCGUUUCGGGCUUCCAAGCCCUCCGACUUCACCAGUGUGGAGAAGAAGUCCGCCGUGAUGGUCACAGCACACCUGCAGCCACUUGGCCCAUGGCGACAGCAGCCGAUUUGUGUGGAGAUCGCCUUGCAAAAUGGCCGGCCCAGCGUGCUCUUCAUCCAGGAGGACUUCGCUUGCCCCAGCUGUUCGCAUCAGACUGCCAACAUCUCUGCUUGGCAGCUGUUGAUGCAGAGCGCUGGCACGGAGUUUCAAUGUCCUGGCGAAGGCCUGCAGCACGAAAGGGCAACGACUCCGGCCGUCACCACCGGGGCCCCUUCAACGACUCAG